AGUCUACAAUCUAUUCCUGUAUCCUACUGCUACCUAAAUAAGGCAACACAAUCCAUACGAGUGGGGGAUAAGAUAGUUAACUUCUGUAUUCAAGUGAAAAGAAAAAUCAGUCGUCGAAUUUCUCUCAAGUCUUCCGAUCUUCACACAAUAACAAUGGCGGACAAGGAAAAGAAGAUCAAAAAGAAGAAGGCAAAGGAAGAGGAAGCAGCACCAGCUCCAGCUGCUGACACCCGUGCAAGCUCAAAAGGCUCUCGCAAAGCUAAGAGAACCGGCUCCAAUGUUUUCUCUAUGUUCUCUCAGAAACAAGUAGCUGAAUUCAAAGAAGCUUUCCAACUUAUGGAUCAUGAUAAAGAUGGUAUCAUUGGAAAGAAUGAUCUUCGUGCCACCUUUGAUUCACUUGGUCGUCUUGCCAGUGAAAAAGAACUCGACGAAAUGGUUAAUGAAGCAUCUGGACCAAUUAAUUUCACCCAAUUAUUAACCUUGUUCGCCAAUCGUAUGUCUGGUGGCAGUGACGAAGAUGAUGUUGUUAUUGCUGCUUUCAAAACUUUCGAUGACGAAGGCAAAAUCGACAGCGAAAGAUUAAGGCAUGCACUCAUGACUUGGGGAGAUAAAUUCACUGGUGAAGAAGUUGAUGAUGCCUAUGACCAAAUGGAAAUCGACGACAAAGGAAUGAUCGAUACUGGAAAAUUGAUCGCUUUACUUACAGCUGCUCCAGCAGAAGAUGGUGAAGAAGGCGGUGAAGCUGCAUAAAUAUAAUUUUUAAUAUCUAUUUACCUAUUGUUGUUGUACAAUACCAUCUUACCAAAAAUAAAAAGCGUUUAAGAUCGUA